AUCUCCCUCCAUAUCUCUCAUAGCCACAAUGCCUCCAAAGCGCAUGACAGCAAAUCCUAUAAAGCCGUCUCGUCAUCGAGCCGGCAAGGUCACUGGCGCAGAAUCCUCCUCAGACUCAGACGCCAGCGACGCAGAAGAGCCCGUCGAGCCCGUUGCAGUUCCUCCACCCCCGAAAGCCGCCAGCGCUGGCAAAAUCAUCAGCAACCUAAAUAAAGUCGAUCUCGCUUCUCGGCGCAAAGAUGCAGAAGCCGCAGAAGCGCGUCGAAUUGCCGCGGAAAAAGCAGAAAGGCUAGCAGCCGAGGAAGGUUUCGUCACUGAAGAAGAAGAAGAAGAGGAGGAGGAGGAUGAAGACGAAGAAGACGAGAGCGAAUCGGAAGAGGAAGAGAGUAGUAGCGAGGAGGAGGCGCCUAGGAGAUUAAUGAUGAGGCCCAAAUUUAUACCCAAAAGCCAACGAGGCGCUGCAAAGAGUGGCGACAAGGAAGACGAAGACGCGAGACAACAGGCCGAAGAAGAAGCUCGAAAAAGGGCUGCCGACGAGCUCGUCGAAGAACAAAUCAAGAAAGAUCUAGCUGCGCGCGCCGCUGGGAAGAAGCAUUGGGACGACGAGGAAAACGAGGAAUCAGACGUCGACACAACCGACGGGCUGGACCCGGAAGCCGAGGAAGCAGCAUGGCGAGUGCGCGAGCUGAAGCGCCUCAAGCGCACACGCCAGGCCAUCGAGGAGCGAGAGAAGGAGCUCGCCGAAGUCGAACGGCGCCGCAACCUUACAGAGGAAGAACGCGCUGCCGAGGACGAAGCCUUUCUCGCGAAGCAGAAGGAAGAGAAGGAAGGGAAAGGCAAGAUGUCAUACAUGCAAAAGUACUACCACAAGGGAGCCUUUUUCCAGGAGGAAGCUGCCGCUGCGGGCUUGCUUCAGCGAGAUAUCAUGGGUGGCCGUAUACAGGACGAUGUGCGCAACCGUGAGGCGCUUCCGGAGUAUCUGCAGAGGCGGGACAUGACCAAGCUGGGCAAGAAGGGAGCUACCAAGUACAAGGACAUGCGGAGUGAGGAUACUGGUCGCUGGGGAUCGUUUGGAGGAGGAGGGGAUAGGAGGAGAGACGACCGUAACUUUGAUGGGGAUGAUCGAUUUCGACCUGAUGAUGACCGCUUCAGAUCGGAUGGAGAUGGCGUCAAAGGGGCGAAUGCGAUUCCACUGGGUGAUCGCAGGGAAACCAGGCGAGAGGACGCGGAUAGAAGAGGCGACGACGAUCGAGAUAGGCGGGAUAGGAGAGACAGAUUCGAUGACAGAAGAGAUCGGGGAGGCAGCUACCGUCGCCGAGAGUACUCACGGUCUCGAUCGCCAAGGAGGGACCGAGAGCGGGAUCGCGAUCGUGAUUACGACAGGGACGAUCAUAGGAGCCGCCGAAAGAGGAGCACGUCUCGUGAAAGAGAUCGUUAUGACAGCGACAAGAGACGCAAGGUUGAUGCCCGAGAGUAGGGAAGGUUUUUUUUUUUUUUUAAAGAGGAUGCAACAAUUGGUAAAACCUUCAUGGUGCAAGUGGCAGCUAUAUAUAACUUGAUCUUAUAACCAGAGAAGAUCAUGAUAACCAACCAUCUACUACUCCGUAUAUACCCCGUCUAUUUUGUAUAAUAAGGGACAGCUCGACUAUCAUAAUAGGGUAGUUCUACAACUGUUUGGAGGGGGAAAAAAAAAGCAAACUGUUAAAUACAAAAAAAAAAAAAAGAAAAA